AUGAGCGUAGACGCUUUUGUAACCAGCGUAGAAAUCGUGUCAAACACUGAACUACCGUGUCCAGAAAAAGGUGGAGUUGUCGAAAACCGCAACAUUAAAGGGGAUGCUGAACUGUUCAGUUGUCUAUCCAUUGAUGCUGUCCCUACCGUGGCAGCAAAAACAGAACGGAAUACCGUAGAAGAUGUGUCAAACACUGUACUACCGUCUCCAGAAAAAGGUGGAAAAAUACAAUCACUUCUAAGGCUCCGUUUACAUGAGACCGGGACGAAGUCAAACCGGAAUGAAAAUUGAAAUUGUCAACAUGUUUACAUGAGACCGGUACGAGGAUCACAAAAUCUUCAAUUUAUUCCCCUUGCCAGGCAAUUUUCUUUUUCAGGUGUCUUUUGCUAGCAUGUGUUGUUCCAGUGUGAAGAUUACAGCCGAGCCCGGUCUGAAAUGUAUUUGUGUUUACAUUCAUCCCGGUCUGAAUUCAUGCCGGUCUGAAGUCAGUUGGUUCGGUCCAGCAGGCGGAAUGACUUGAGACCGGUCUGAGUUAUUUUCGUCCCAGUCUCAUGUAAACAUCUAUUAUAGAUAAUACUAUGACCGAAACGAGAUGGUCCCGGUUUGACUUCGUUGCGGUCUCAUGUAAACGGGGCCGAACGCGUACCUUUGAAUCCCGAAUGGCUCUACAAUCAAGAGCUAGGUUCUGGCGAAGGUCAAUAUGAUGCAGGUUGGGAAAUACCAGUAAAAGUUCUGUUAUAUUGAUAACAGCAAAAUUGUUCUCGCUGAAAUCAACUGCCCUGACCCAAAGCUGCCGUGCUGUGAACAACCCGUCGAUAGUCUUUAAAGACAGGUCACUGCAAUCUAGUAAACCUAUGAAAGGUUCCUCAAUACAGGUUUCCGCACUGAAAUUCACAAAUACCAAUAAACUUAAUGCCAAGAAAAGCAUUUUUUAUACUGAUCACCUUAGCUCAGGUUGUUAUGAAGUCAAACUAUCUUGCUAUCAUAACCUUCCUUCUUUUAUACACGGCGAUGUUUGCUAGCCUAAAUAAAUUAAUCAUACUACAAUGAAACGUUCAUUUUCCUGUAACCAAAACAAUAAGCUGAAAACUAUGCAAAAGCGUGAGAAGACUAUAAUAAUCUUUCUUUUUCAAACAGGUGUAAUAUUUGUUAUUUUCAAUCAUGAUACUGUGCAUUAUAAUGCAUUGUUAAUUUUCCUGUAGCCACAAAAAUAAUCUGAAAAAUAUGCAGAAAGCGUCGGAAGACAGAGGUCGAAAUUAAUCAUAUUAAGCGUGCUAAAAACAAAUAAAUAUUGCGCAAUGUUCAGUGGUAACUAUUAUUAAUAACUGCGUAAACGCUCAUUUUCCAAAAGUGGAAGCAUCAAACAAACAAGUGGAAACACAAAACGGCGGGAAUCUCACAAACAACAACAAGUCGACAACAACAAGAAGUCAAAAAGUUAUGGGAAAAGACAAGAAAAAAGAAGCGGAACAACAACGGAAAAUAAGGCUUGAUAAAAAAACAAAAACGAAAAGCUUACAGGCUUUCUGCGCAUACGCCAAAAAAAAGAAUCCGGCGUUUCUCAAUGAAUUUCUUGCCUCCUAUGAAGGCAAGCAAAGCUCGAACCAGGAGGCACAACAAGAACAAGAAACCCCAGAACAAGAAACCCCAGAACAAGAACCCCCACAGCAAUCGUUGGGACUGCCGUUGGUAAAUGAUGCACACCUGGACUUUUUAAAUUAUCCAAAUUGUUUGGACUUUUUAGAUAAUAUAAAUUUUGACUUUUUUAAUGACUUUUAGACAGUUUUCGAAUAAACAUUUUUAUUAACACUAUUCUUUAUAACAGUUUUUGAAAAUAACACAUAUUAAAUGUUCAAAACUAUUAGCAAAAUUGUUUAUCAUACUAAGUCCAAAAAAAAGAAAUGCCUGGGUUUCUAUUUCUCAUAUGCAAAAAUAAUAUCUCAUAUAAAAAGAUUAGGGUUGGUGAUUUCUUUGGCCUAACUCAUUAGUAAGCCCUAAUGUCUCCUGUAAUAUACUUUACAAAAAUAGUAUCAAAUCAAAUAAUGUAACCUAGUAGAUGGUUAAUUAAGCCAAUAUACAGGGUGUCCCAAAAAAACCGAAAACUAUUGAAAUCACCAAUAAUUUAAUUGUUAGAAUUUGAAUGCCUUAGCACUCUGUUGGUUCCCACGAGUGCAUAAAUGAUUGACAUAAGUAAAUUUUAUGUAUAAAGAAACUAUUUAAGAAGCUGCUUUUGAUUCCCAAGAGCAAAAAACCGCACACUUUACAAGGAGAUGUUCUUAACUAAAUUUUAAUACAUGCACCUUGUCAAUAUUUUACGCAUCAUUACGUUCAGCUUUUUGGUAGGGCAUUGAAUUUUAACAGUAAGUGAUUUCAAUGGUUUUCGGUUUUUUUGGGACACCCUGUAUAUCUGGUAACCCAUUAGACAUGGCUACCAUAAGGGAAUCCCCUAUUUGGCCUAACACUAUCUAGAUUAUUCUUGCUGUCUCAAUGCCAAUUAAAUCUAAAACAUAUUAAAUAAAUCUGAUUUUAUCAAUUCCUAUUUUUACAGCUUUUGUUCUGGAUGAUACAGUUUGUGGAAAGACAGCUGCUAUGCAGUACAUGGUACAGGACAAAUGCUGUGGGGCUUCAACUAAAAGCAAACCAGCUGAGUGAGACUUGACAUUAACAAUUAAUGACUUUGGGUACUCAUUAUUUAUUUCUGGCCAUGUAUAUAAAUAUAAUUAGGAAAUUUUAAAUAAGUGUAGGUUAUAGUAAGUGUAAUUACUCAGCCCCAGGAGCCGGUUGUUCAAUGCUGGACUAGCGCUAACCCUGGGUUAAAAUUUAGGCUGCUAUUUUAGUUUGUGUAUUUCUACUGUACACAUCCGUUUAUUUUAAUUUAAACUUCAGAGAAGAAAACUCGUAUCGAUCCAGACAAGAUCUCUGAAGAAAUAUUUCCACAUUUAUAGACAAGCUGUCAGGUUAAGCUAGGGUUAAGCUAAUCCAGCCUUGAACAACUGGCCCCUGGAGAAAAUUUGAUUGUGCAGUGCAUAAUUAUAUGUGUAACCUAUAAUUAUAUAUUUACUAAUAAAUACAUUUAAUAUUCUGAUCUAGUAUUUCUUCAUAUUAAAUUAUUACGGCUUCAAGUGAACAUGACAGAGGUACAGUUGCAGCAACUUGAUGUUGCAGAAGUAAGAGGAAAUAGUUUUAUGCAAGAAAUAAAACUCACUUGGUGGCAGUUAUGUGACAUAUCUGCUUGGUAGAUAAUAUACAGAUAAUUUUAUCUGUAGGGAAACUAUACUGUCACAUAACUGUGACAGAUAUGUUAUUGGGCCAAAUUCCGAUAUGUUGCAGAUAGGCAAGUUUGCUUAAUAUGCACAAAGAAUGUCAAACUAAAGGACAAGUCAUUAUCAAUUCUUUCUCGUGGAGGCUCUCAUCAAAUCAAAAGACACCAUGAGCGUAAUCAUCCCUCAUUGUCACUAAGUACUGUGAAAUUACAGGUUGUGCCUUUAGAUCAUAUUUCUGUCCCUAAGGACAUCAGGGCCUUAGUUUCUAAACAAAGUAUUAGUGACAAACAAGCAAACAAAACAGUUAAUUCUGUAUCAUGUAUAAAUAGUAUGAUGAUAUUAGAUGACGAGCUCUCACCUAGCACUUCUGCCCAAACGAAAGAUCCAAAAGAAAUAAGAUCUGCGAACCAUGCCUCAUCAACGAAUGAAACAUUGACUGGUAUGUAAAGUGAAUAAUUGAAUCAUCCAAAUGCAAACUGCAACAGUAACUGCAGCCAAUAUGUUUGAUAUAUAUUUUCAGAUGAAGAGGAAGACAAAGUUUCCAAGGGGAAAGAAUGUAUGGGAGAAGUCAGUUCAUUUGUGCAAAGCGACAUUGAAGGAUAUGUGCACAUUCCAAAGCCUAAUAUGGAGGAAAAGUUAAUUGGCAUGAUAGAGAAAUUAACAAUUAAGGUUGAUAAUCUUAGUAAGCCCUCGACAAGUUCCAACAAAGCCUCAUUGCCAUCGUCACAUUUCAGUGAGACAAUGAAAGAAUCGUAUGAUCACAUGAAAGAAUGGAAAGCGGUUAAGAACAUUGUUGAAUUGGUCAGCCAUGUGGAAGACCUGGCAAUUUACCCAAUGUCAGAGGAAGAUGAAGAAGGUUUAUUCAAAGAAGGUGGUGCUAUAUUAAGGUGUGAAACUUGUUUUGCUUUAUACAAAGAUAAAGCAAACAAGCUAACUCCAGUUAAAGCAGCGCAAAAACUUGCCUCUGACUGCAGAAGUAUUUGUACUGGGAAGUAUUUGAGUCCAGAAAGAAUGGAAAGUGCUAUGGCUGGGCAAGGUGAAUCCUGGCGAAAAAUGAAAAGUUCUAUUCUUCAACAUAUGAUAUGCGCCGAAGAUGGCCAAACCCAUUUUAAGGCAUUAACGAUGCUCAGCGAAGAGAAAAAUUUAAAGAAGAUUCAUUAUGGUGCUGCAGAAACGUUGCUUAAAAGUGCAUUAACUGCUGUAAAGGCCAAAUCUGCAGCUAUUCAUUAUGAAGAUCAGAUAGCUUUUGCUUUCUCCAUAGGUGCUCAAGUGGGGCAAUGUGGCCAUUCAAGAAAGUUGGUUCCUGAUAUGGUGAAGUGUUUGCUUGCUUCCAUACAUGAGAAAACAAAAGCUGAGGUAAGCAAAUGUCUCCCAAGUACAGGCCUGCCCCCACAUUAUUACAUGGCUGUUGACAAGGCUACUGUAAAUAAAAGAUCAAAUCAAGGCGUCAUCAUAUGUCCAAUGAUAGAUGGAAAGAAAGUUCCUAUUGUUGUUGGUGCACCAGAAGUAUACUCGGCAAGUAUAAAUGGUAAUGUGGAAGGAGGCAAAGCUGAUGAUUCAGCUGCACAAGCAUUUAAAGAAAUCACCAACAAAUUUGGAGGCAAAACCCUAGAUUUCUUAGUUGGUGAGUGCUUUACUGUACAUUUCUUAAAUGUCCUUUCAAUUCAACCUUGACACUUAAUACUUUUUUAUACGAUACCCAUCCCAAUCCUAGCUAUGUUUAUUGUUUAAUACAUUUUCAGGUGUUUUUGCUGAUCAAAAGCCUUUCUUAAGACUAUCAACCAAAAUGACCUUAACGAAAGCUCGUUUAUAAGACAAGUUGGGUGGAUGAAUUUGGCUGUUACCGAUGUGAAAGAUUGGGUCAUCAAAGGAAUUCUUUUCUACGUUCAUCAAACAGACAAACAAAUUUUCAGAGACUUUAAAUAGAGGAAAAGGUAUAAAAUAUUCCUGUUUACAGUCAAUGUUGACUAUUGUUUAAGCCACUGUAAAUGGAGUUUGUUCAGAUACACUUCUCCUACUACUGUUCAUAUAGUCCCUUAAAUGAGCAUUUGUAAUUUUUCAUGUUUGAACAUAGCCUGCAAAUACAAAAUUUAUAAUAGUUCUGUAUUCGCAGGUUAGUUUGAACAUAGGUUUUACAUUAUAGACGAAGAAACUACACCAUUGUGUGAAAACGUUUUAUAAGGUUUACUCAUUACUGUACUGUUCAACAGGAAGAAGCAUCUUAGAAUCCACUGCAAAGCAGCUUAACGUGAAGCCAACAGUGGCAACUGUGUAUUCUCAGACACGUUUUGCAAGUUCUGCAUACGUCCAGUGGCAGCGGAUUGUUGAUUCGUACAAGCUGUUUGCCGAAGCAAUGGCUCAAGCGUCAAAUGCAAUGGAGAACGACUUAGACCCUUUGCAAUAUCAAGUAAUUAUCUAUAUUGUAUAAUUGUAAAUAGAUAAAACAAUUGAAUCUUUGAGUGUUUCUUGUGGGAUUUUGUCACAGACCUGUUAUUGAUGCAUGACGUUUUUGAACCUGUGGCAAGAGUUAUGACCAAUCUUCAGGGCAUAUCUGUACCACCAUGGAAAGCCUACCGUUGGGUACAAAAGUUAAUCACAUGGCUAAAAGAGGCUUCACGUCAGUGUCAUGAAAAUGGGAAUAUGGACUUUUUUCCUACAAUGAGGGAUAAUGCACAGGUAUUGUUUAUAUCAGUUUACCUAGAUAUAACUACUGUAGUAUGCCCAAUAAGCAACCUGUAAUCUGGUAUUUCUCUUAGAACAUCCUUGGCCUUGAUCGGGGAAAUGAGGAUAAAACACUGCAACCUACUUAUCAAGGCAUUGAGCUUGCAAUUGGCUGGAAAAUUGUUGGCACAGAAACCGUUUUGGAGCAGAAUGGAUCGAAUCCACCCAACAAAACAGUUUUAGUCAACUGGGCAGAACGUACCGUGACAGAGUCCUUCCAUGAUGUUAGCACCUUUGCAAACGAUCUUGCAGAAUCUCUUGAUUAUCGUGUUGAAAAAUGCAUCACUAAUGCAACAGGAAUGGCAGAUUUCUUUGAUAUCGAAGAAGUCUUCAUCCACUUAUGUGGCGAGAAGCUUGAUGAUGUUGAACAUGUUCAAUUAACAUGA